GCAACAGUAAACAGGGACUCAAGGCAAUACAACUAAACCUAACAUACGAAGCGCUGUUACAAAACGUUGAUAUUUACUUAUUAUUGGUUAUUACUGACAUUUUACUGGGUAGUUUAAUUGAGUGCGAGUGAAUCGGAGAAUUGAAUGCCUUGGGGUCUGGUUAAGAUUUGUCGUGACGUUUCUUUAAGCAGAAAAUGAAAGGCACUUCUAAAGGCACUAAAGUGAAACCUGCAGCAUCUGCUCAAGAAGAGGAGUGUGGGAUAUGGCUUGACACAACUGAGUUAAAAGAAAAGAAACAAAAGAAACAGCUUACUCGUCCAAUCUCAAAAUUACUCAAUCCAUUGGCGAGAUCAGGGGGAUACAGUGUGGCUGUAGCUCUGAGCUUUACUCAAACUAAACUUGACAUGCCUGUCACUAGACAGAGCACAAUAUCAUCUUUCUUUUCACCUAAGCCGACAGACCCUAUGCCAAGUGCUGGUGAUGAUGAGAUGAACACCCCCUUGCACACAGAGGCAUGCUCUGGAACCAAACGAAAACAUGGGGUGACUUCGCAGCCGUCUAAAGAGACAGAUAUUACUUCGAGUGAGACAUCUGAGGUCUGCCAGGAGAACUGUGAAGGUGUAUCAGUGAAGGAUUCGGAUGAUAGAAAAGAGCAGUCCUUCCUUCAUUUCAUGUGCGGAUAUAAGUCAGAUGAAGAGCCACCUGGAAAACGAAGAGCUUUUGACAAAUUUUCAGACCACAAUGUCUUAGACACGCAGGAAUACUUAAAUAAAGCACGACGUGGAAGUUUGCAUGAUAUACAGACAAUUGCUGAAUCUGAGACUCUCUUUCAUGGCAAGUCCCACGGAUUGGAUUCUCUGAUGGUGAGAAAGCCGUCUGGAGAUGCUUGUCGGGAUUUUCUUCAUUCUCCGUGUCUGAAAGAACUUCAAGGGUUCAAGGAUAGACAUGUUUUAAGAGAUCAGAACACCACGUUUGAGGGGCAUAUCCUAACUUCUAGGCCCGUUAAUGCAAACCACAAAAAAGCUUUUGGAAAAAGUAAUGUGGAUCAGGAGCAGUCUUGUUAUAAACCCAAGGCCUCACCGCUUAAACUAACGGGAAAGGAAAAUAGGCGGCCGUCCUCACCUAUUCACAGUGCUCCGUCUUCCCCAUUUAAGCGAAAUCUAAUAUCAAGUCCAGCUAAAUCCAGGUUAAAGGACACAUACACUCAUUCCUUGAGAAAAUCGGGUAAUGAGGAGUCAGGGACAGAGAUGGCAGGAGACAGUCACGCUUUGUUAUUUACUCAAGACUCGGAGGGCUUUUAUGUGAUUGCACAUCGCGACCAAAACCUGGCGAGUCCACUUAAAGACCACAGCAAUUUAUCUAUUGAAAAAGAUUCCUGGAAUAGUGCAUCUGGCAAGUCUUUAGAUAAGGGGGAUGAGGAAUCAGAUCUUGACGCAGAGAUCCUUUUCACCCAGGAUUCAGAAGGAAACAAGGUUAUAAAGCAUUUGCCAUAAACACAUAUUAAUCACAUGACAUAAAUGGGACAUUAAAGGGGAGCAACUGCUUCAAAGGCAUUUUUAAUAAUUAAAAUUGAUGUUUUGAUGUUAUACAAGCUCUGGAUUUAUGUUUAAUAUGGGAUUUUGAUAUUUUUGGAGUUAUCCUUUUAACUUUCUGAAUUAUUUAAAUGCAGACAUAAACAUCUGUUAAAUUCCAAAUAAGCUACAAAUGUUUAGUGGUUUAAACAUCAGAAAACAUAUUUCUCCCAGUUGAUGUCUUGUUUUUCCACCAGAUGGCAGAAUGAACCGGAUUUGAAAAUUUGUAUACAAGGUUCUGGCAAAUACUACACAUUUGAUUCUUUUGUCGGUUCUCAAAUUGAUGUUUUAUAUUAUUUAUAAGUCUUUUAAAUAGUCUUUUAAAGAUUGAAAUUUUCUAUCCUAUAACAUUUAGAAAGACUGAUGUCAUAAUGUUUAUUCAGGUACUUAAUGACAAUAAAAGUACAAACAACG